CUCAUAAUUUCCAUCGCCCUUUGCUUUCUGCUCUAUCACAUUAAUAUUCGACUUCUACAGCUUCACAAUAUCCAUGGCGCUGCUCUUCUUAUUUAUAGUCUUAACACAUCUUGCUUAUUUGCAGAAUGUCUCUGCAAAUUUUUACAGCGACUUUGACAUCACGUGGGGUAAUGAGUACGCUAAGAUACUUGACAACGGCCAGCAGUUGCAGCUUACUCUCGAUCAGUCCUCAGGUUCAGGGUUCCAAUCGAAGAAUGAAUAUCUCUUUGGAAAAAUUGAUAUGCAAAUCAAGUUGGUACCCGGUAAUACGGCAGGCACUGUAACAGCUUACUAUAUGUCUUCUCAAGGAGAUAAGCACGACGAAAUAGACUUUGAGUUUCUGGGAAACCUGUCUGGCGAUCCCUAUAUCGUGCAGACAAAUGUUUUCUCACAAGGCCAAGGCAAUCGAGAACAGCGAAUCUACCUCUGGUUUGAUCCCACUGCAGACUUCCACACUUAUUCAGUUCUCUGGAAUCCCCAACAAAUUUUAUUUUCUGUGGAUGGAACUCCCGUGAGAGUGUUUAAGAACAAUGAGAAUGUGGGUGUGGCGUAUCCGAAGAAUCAAGGCAUGAGAAUAUAUUCGAGUCUGUGGAACGGAGACGAUUGGGCAACUAGAGGUGGGCUUGUGAAGAUCGACUGGAGCAAAGCCCCCUUCGUCGCCUCAUACAAGAAUUUUAAUGCACAGGUGUGCACUUCUUCCUCUGACUGCUCUGCAAAUGCGUGGUACAGUCAAGCAGCAUUGGAUUCGGCUGAGCAGCAGCAGCUUCGAUGGGUGCGCAAGAACUAUAUGAUAUAUGAUUACUGUUCGGACACCAAAAGGUUUCCACAGGGCCUUCCUACUGAAUGCACCCAUUAGACAUCAAAUUGAAUCCGAAGCCGAUUUAAUCUAUUGUACUCUCAGGACAAGAAAUUUCUCAGAAUUCUUUAAUUUAAUUAGUUUGGUACGAUUCCAAUACAACAUUAGUUUCCUCCUCUUGGAUUUGGAUAGUAGUCGGUUUGACAGGCUUCUUCAUCUGUUAUACUUAAUUUCUUUGGGGAUUUGCUCUCUUGUUUUGUCGUAACUUACUGUUCGUGGACUGUUGUUUUAAGGGUUAGCACUCUUUUAUAGCUGCUAUAAUAAUAAAAAACAUUAGUUUCAUCUAA